AUGUACAUUGAUAAACGAUACAUUUACUACGAAUACUCCCACCCUAACAAAAACUUGUUAUUUAUCCUUCUAGGGGUUGGUAUCAUAUUGAUUAUUUUGGGUCUUAUCGCAGUGAAGAAAAGACGGAGUUGGAAACUCAAAAAUCAACGACCUGCUCAAGUAAAUCAGCAAUAUUAUGAAAACAGUCGAUAUACAUAUUCUCAAAAUGGUCAAGGUAUAUAUACUUCCGAUCAUCAGUACUCACACAAUGGUCAAACUGGAAAUUUUACUGAAAGUGCAAACUAUUAUACCGGAAAUGUCAACCCCACAAAUUAUACGUCAAACACCUUCGAAACGAGACAGAGUUUUCACAACAAUACUCAUAACAAUAAUAAUAUCGAUGGCGAUGGUGAUGGUAGAUUUGAUGAACCUAUUGCUGGGUCAAGUGAACCUACAGAUUUUUCAGCCCCACCACCUGCAUACACAGAAUCAACCAAGACCAAAGGCUUGAGAGGUAUGUUCACCUCGUAG